UCCUCUUCUUCCAGGGGAAGCCGCCGGCCGCAGUCAAAGCUGAGCGCCUGCAGUUGCCACCGGCCCCCUCGCACCCGCUUGCUUUCUCGAAUACCUGCACCCUUAGCAGAACGGAGUUGGCUUCUGUUUUCCGUUAGCGCUUCGCUGCACGGACAAAUGCAUACAAAUGCAUUUAGGAGCCCACAGGACAAGGCGUGGAAAGGUCUCCCACACGGCAAAAACGAAACUGCUUCUUCCUUUUAUUGUGCUAUGUGUGGCAAGGGCUGCUGUUCAUGCACAAGAACAAGGCAUAGAUAUUCUUCAUCAACUAGGCCUUGGAGGCAAAGAUGUAAGACACUCAUCAUCAGUGACUGCUACACCAUCAUCAUCUACACCACUACCUCAGGGAGUCCAUAUAACAGAAUCCGGUGUCAUUUUAACAAAUGAUGCUUACAUUGAGUCACCUCUCAGGAAAAUUUUACCAGUCCACUUAGAACAGCCAUUUACAAUAUUAAUUGGGUUACAGUCACAUAAAGUAAACAAUGCAUUUCUCUUCAGCAUUAGAAAUAAAAAUAGACUGCAAUUAGGAGUUCAAUUAUUACCUAAGAAAGUAGUGGUACACCUUGGAGGAAAGCAGUCUAUAUUUUUCAACUAUAGUGUUCAUGAUGAGCGAUGGCACUCAUUUGCCAUCACUAUUAGAAACCAACUGGUCUCGAUGUUCGUGCAGUGUGGAAAGAAAUCUUUUAGCAGAGAGACUCUUUUGGAACUUCAGACAUUGGAUUCUAACAGUGUGUUCACCUUAGGAAGUAUGAACAAUGAUUCUGUCCAUUUUGAAGGAAUAGUAUGUCAGCUGGAUAUUAUUCCUGCUGCAGAAGCAUCUGCCAACUAUUGCAGAUAUGUGAAACAGCAGUGCCGCCCUGGGACAAGCCUUCUUCAUACAACUAUCGGACCCGCUAAGAUACUAGAAAACGCUGCCUUAGCUAAACCAUUUGGUGAACAUAUACUGUCAGGAGACACACUUACCAAAGGCACAAACACUCCAAAUAUCAUCAACAAUGAAUCUGCAAUGGCAUAUAAACAACAAGAACACCAGACAUCAAGAUCUCAGUUAACUUCUCUUCACCCAGGGAAUGUCUCUGCUGUGGAUCGUGAGAGCCAUGGGAUUCAGGACAAAGAAAUAAUCACUGAGGAACAUACUCAGACAAAUCUAAGCCUGUCAAUGACCCAUCAUCUCCUCAGUGAGGCAAGAAUAAAUACCCAGGAGAAAUUUAGUUCUCUCUCAAAUGUGUCCAGCAAUUUAACACAACAUAAUGAUAGAGUAACUGAGCCGAUUCUGUUUGAGAAGAUAUCAUCUAUUCUUCCAUAUAAAAAACAAGGUACAGUUAUUAAUGGCAAGAAGGCUAUCACGGCAAAUCUACAAACUAAUGAACUCAUGGAACUGCAACAGAUUUUAAAUACAACCUUGUAUAGAGUGACAGAUGAGCCAUCUGUGGAUAAUCACCUUGAUCUAAGGACGGAAAGUGAAAUCGAUCCUGAUGCUACUUAUCCCAUUGAAAAUAGCUAUGAAACUGAGCUUUAUGACUACUAUUACUACGAUGAGGAUCUUAAUACAAUGCUCAAAAUGGAGAAUCUCAGAGGGCCAAAAGGGGACACUGGACCUCCCGGUCCACCUGGUCCAGCAGGUAUCCCAGGUCCCUCAGGAAAGAGAGGCCCACGGGGCAUACCAGGACCACAUGGAAAUCCUGGGUUGCCUGGAUUACCAGGUCCAAAGGGCCCCAAAGGAGAUCCAGGAUUUUCCCCAGGUCAGGCUACUUCUGGACAAAAGGGUGACCAAGGCCUGUCUGGGUUAGUGGGCCCCCCUGGCGUGCAAGGUGAGAAGGGUCUCAAAGGAUAUCCAGGCCUCCCAGGACUCCGAGGUGAACAAGGAAUUCCAGGAUUCACUGGAAAUAUUGGUUCACCUGGUUACCCUGGCAGGCAGGGUCUAGCUGGCCCAGAAGGUAAUCUGGGUCCUAAAGGUGUACGAGGUUUCAUUGGUUCUCCUGGGGAAGCAGGACAGCUGGGGCCUGAAGGAGAGAGAGGUGUUCCUGGGAUUCGUGGAAAGAAGGGUCUUAAGGGAAGACAGGGUUUUCCAGGUGACUUCGGAGAGAGAGGCCCCGCUGGUCCUGAUGGUAGUCCUGGACUUGUAGGUAGCAUUGGUCCUCCUGGAUUUCCUGGGCUUAGAGGCAGUGUUGGCCUAGUGGGGCCAAUUGGACCUUCUGGAAUUCCUGGCCCAAAGGGUCUUUCAGGAAAUAAGGGCGUUCCUGGAAUCAAAGGUGAUAAGGGGGAACAAGGCGUGGCAGGGGAGCCCGGAGAGCCAGGCUAUCCUGGAGACAAGGGCACCACUGGUUUUCCAGGACCACCAGGCGUGAGAGGGAAGCCGGGACCUUCAGGCAAAGCAGGUGACCCAGGACCCCAAGGACCAUCUGGCCUUCCAGGACCAGAGGUAAAUGUUGGUGGGAAGAUGAUAAAUUUGGGAAAAAAUAGUAGAAAUUACAUUUGA